AUGGAGUUUAUGAAAGAAGCACUCGAUCUAGCUAAAGAAGCUUUACAGGCCAAUGAAGUUCCAGUUGGAUGUGUUUUUGUAAAAGGUGGAAUAAAAGUGGCAAAAUCUAGAAACAAAGUUAAUGAAACUCGUAACCCUACUAGGCAUGCUGAAAUUAAUUGUAUAGAUGAAGUCUUAAGCUAUUGUCAAAGACAUAACUUUGACCAAAUUAAUUUUUUUAAAGACAUUGUUGUUUAUGUAACUGUGGAACCAUGUAUUAUGUGUGCAGCAGCUUUAAAGAAGUUAUACAUAAAAGAAGUUUUUUUUGGUUGUCCAAAUGACAGAUUUGGAGGAAGUACAGUCUUAGAUGUAAACAAAAUUUACACGGAAGGAUUUAAAUUAACUGGUAACAUCUUGCCAAUUGAAGCUAUGGAAUUAUUGAAACAAUUUUAUAAAGGCACUAACCCACAUGCACCAGAGUCAAAGGUAAAAAAGAAAUCUAACAUGUCCAUUGAUAAAAAUUAA